CUUAUAAUCCCAGAUUUAAAAUCUUGCCAAGGCAAUCAGGUUUUGCAUGUGUGUGCGUGUAUGCUCCUUCGGUUCAUCCGUAAUAGUGGUUUAUCGGAAUAAGGAAAAUGACAAGGAGAGAAAAGAGCCUAAGGUGAUCUAAAAACUUCCGGAAUUUUUGAGCAGAUAUAUAUAAAGCUAGCACAGAAUGUUAAGUUAGUGUAGUAAGAAAUCUCCGAGCUAUAGCUAGAAAAAUAAUAUAUCUUUUUUCGACAUGAAUUUAUUAACACUUACUUUGUGCGUUCUGAUAGAAGCGACAGUGAUAAUAGCGAAAACAGAAAGAUUAUCUGUAACAAAAUCUCCUAAUAGAAAUGAGGCCAAGCUCCUUGUAUUUAUAAGGGGCCAAACGGCCCCUCCCACGGAUCCUGCCCCUACGCUAAUGCCAUCUAUUUAUCCCCCAAGACCAAACAAGUCUCUUUACAAUUACAACUAUAACACUGAUACUGGCAUCCAAGCUCAAGAACACGGUCAUUUUAAUAAUGUGGGCACCAAUCAAGAAGUCCUGGAAGCACGAGGCAGCUACAACUACACUGACAACGAGGGUAACACCUUCCAAGUCUCAUAUAUAGCUAAUGAGAAUGGAUUUCAACCGGAGGGUGCUCACUUGCCUACAGUACCAUCAUUAAUUAAAAAGGCUCUUCAAUAUAUCGCCGAACAUUCCGAAGAGAGAGGAAAGGAAUAA